GUUAUUGUGUGCAGCAGCCUAAAUGUACCGCCAGCUCAUCAAAAUCAGCAGUAUUCUGGUGGCAUUUAUCUGGGAUUGAUGGUUUUCUUACUUGCUAGCAAAUGACCAUCUUCGUAUUUAUGCGUUUUUAUUGAUAAAGGAAGUGGGUUGCUUAAUGAACUGCAACGGUUGGCGAAUAAUACGUGUAUAUUCGUUUUUUCCCCCCACGAUGAGACUGCUUGGAUUGAUUCUAACUUUUACGACUGUGUUAUGUGAAUCAGACGAUGACAAUAUGGUCCAAAUACCCGGAGGUUACUUUAAACUGGGAACAAAUGCGGCAGAUGCGCGAGACGGAGAAUCUCCAACAAGAGAGGUGUCUGUUGAACGCUUCGCCAUUGACAAAUUCCCUGUCACUAAUUCAGAUUUCAGAGAAUUUGUCAGGGCUGUAAAAUAUAAAACCGAGGCAGAGACAUUCGGCUGGAGUUUUGUGUUUCAAGAUUUUGUGUCGGAAGAACUGAAAAGCAAAGUAACGGAGAAGAUCGAGUCUGCACCUUGGUGGCUGCCCGUAGAGAAAGCCUUUUGGAGACAGCCUGCAGGGCCAGGCUCUGGGAUUCGGGAUCGACUGGACCAGCCCGUGGUGCAGGUGAGCUGGAAGGACGCCCAGGAGUUCUGUAAAUGGAGGGGGAAGAGACUCCCUUUGGAAGCGGAGUGGGAGUUUGCAGCCAGGGGGGGUCUGGAAGGCAGGACAUACCCCUGGGGAAGCCGUUUUCAGGAGAACCGCAGCAACCUGUGGCAGGGAAAAUUCCCAGAGGGGGACACUGAGGAGGACGGUUACCAUGGCGUCUCCCCUGUCACCGCCUUCUCUCCUCAGAACGCCUACGGGCUGUACGACAUGAUGGGGAACGUCUGGGAGUGGACGUCCUCGCCGUUUCCGGGGCAACAGGCCAUGUACGUCCUGCGGGGAGGGUCCUGGAUCGACACCGCCGACGGAUCGGCCAAUCACAGAGCGCGGUCACCACCAGGUAGCCCCGCCCCCUUGUGAACUACUGGGUCGUUUGGGAGCAGAAUUAUUUACUGGAGAAUGAAAUGAUGAUGAUAAUAAUUUGUUUGGCUGACGCUUUUAUCCAAAGCCACUUACAGUUGAUUAGACCAAGCAGGGGACAAACCCCCCUGGAGCAAUGUGGGGAGCAGUGUAGCUGUUGGGCCCUUAAACCCACAUUGCUCCAGGGGGGAUUGGCCCCUGCUUCGUCUAAUCCAGUCGCUUUGGUUAAACUGUAGAUAUAGAAUGACUAGAUUGGCUGAAAGCCGUUAGGAAAUGCAUUUUCCAGUGUGCAAGUUUUGAUGAUUCUGUUUCUAUGGUCACCACAGGCUGGCUUGUGGUCCAAAGGCGGAUGAACUCUGCUGUGAUUGGCUCUUCUGUACUGCACUGAUCACAGGGGUUCUGUUUUAGCUGUGUUUUAGUAAGAUUGUGUCUCUACCUCCUUUCCACGGUUUUCGACUCCUGGGUGCGGCAGGAUGGGGAACACUCCGGACUCCGCCUCCGACAACCUGGGCUUCCGUUGUGCUUCCGGCUCCGGACCGAAGAAGCAGAAGACCAAGAACAGAACGGAGCUGUAGAGGCCCGGAGGCUUCAGUGAGGAGGGCUACGCUACCAUUACGCUCACAAGUGCCGUGACAUAACACGAGAUGCAGGAACAGCCAAAUUCUCUCCUGUGGAGAUUUCCUGGAGCCAAACAAAAAAUCCAACGUGCACUUCCUGUUAGUUUGUUUGUUUGUUUUUUUAAAUCAAGGACUUCUGUUAAAAAAUGAUAUUAAACUUGGAUACAUUUUUCCAGACCUUUA